AUGCAUGAUAAUUACAUCCAAGAAAAUGACACAAACACCUGUCUAGACAGGUUAAAACCUCAGUAUCUUGCAAUGUUUCUAAGCAUUUACCAAGAGAAAGACGAAAGCAAGGCGAGAGCAAAGGACUUUUGUGAUCUCUGCCUGAAACCGGCUUUAACGGAAUACAUUUACAAACAUCUCGGACAAGAAAUAGUGGACGAUGUCUUAAGCAGUUCAGGCAAUAUCAUAUUUAAAAGUCGAUCCUUCUUUCAAGCUACGGUGCUGGAGAGUCUUUCAGGUACUGAAGAAUUUAGCAAUUAUAUAAAGUACAUAAAUUCAUAUGAGCGUUUUUUACAAAGCUGGAUAUUCACACACAUCUCAGAUAAAUACAAUAAAUCGUCACAAUUAGAAACGUUACAAGAAAAUAUACUCUUUGAGAUUGUUAAAAAAAUCAAAAAUGUUCUUAGAGAAGAAAAAUGUCUGAACUGUUCAUCUAUCACAAACCUUUUAGAAUACAUUUGUAAAGAAUUAAAAAAGGAAUUGGUAAUUUCACAGAGUGAGAUGUAUAUGAUCGCUUUUGGGAACAAUGCGGAUGUGGAGCAGUUUUCUGGUGACAUUCAGACUUUUCUUUCAGAAACAGAAACAGAAAUCCUAUCUGAAGUGAAAUAUUUGGAUGUUGAAUCCAUUCUCUCCAAGGUCACACUGAAGCCACAGGAUGAAUUGCUGAAGAAGGUGAUGGGAUGUGGGGAGCAGUGUCCGUUCUGUAAAGUCCCCUGUGAGGCUGGGGGUGUCGAACAUUCCCAUCAUUUUGCAUCCAUUCACAGACCUCAAGGAUUGGGAAAAUACAGAAAUGUAUACACCAACAUUUUAAACAAAAACAUAUGCUCUACCAAUGUUGUGUCCAAUGGAAGAUUUAGAAAUGCAGACACAAAAGAGGAAUGGCACCCAUACAAGGAAUAUCGUACACUUUACCCAGACUGGUCGAUCCAGCCAGAUCCCAGCAUUGAAUCCUCUGAUUACUGGAAAUAUGUUUUUGUGAAGUUUAAUGAGCAGUUUGCAGCAGAAUAUAAUGCCGAACCAGCUGAACUGCCAUGGGAGUGGACACAAAUAAACAAAGAACAAGCGAUACAGAGCCUGAAGGAUGCAUUUAAUGUGAAAUAA